AUGGAGCAUUUCAUUCCUUUUCAGUGGUACUUCUAUCGUUAUGUACUUUUUCUUUCCAUACAACAGCCAAACAAUGAAGCUUUAAUCCCUGUUCGUACUAGUGGGAAUUGUCAAUUUUGUUUCUGUAUAACAAGUGACUAUACUGGAAGAAGUGAAGGCGAUGAAAUUUGUCCCUAUUGCUUUUGUGUAAGUAAAGCACAUGGUUCUCCUUAA